AUGUCGGAUCUUCCUGUGAGAAUGGAUUUGGACUCUCCAACUGAUAGCUUAGCCUCUCAGACUCCAUACCAAAUCUCCAAGGUGCAAGACUGGGACUGGGUGACUGCUCGUUCAGACAAACUUCGAGAUUUCGAGACUGUGAAGGAAUCUUUAGACGUUUUUACGAACUACCUAGGGGAUUUUCAAGAUGUUGUACAAGGCCAGAAAAGCCUUGCCCUUCAAAGUCCCGAGAACAAGCAUCAUAUUUGGGGGAGUCUGGCAAAUAAAUGCAUUAGCACAACUCUGAACCGAAAGGGCCCUCGGAUAGUCGGCCCAACGGAAGAACUCCAACAUCCCACCUUUCCUGAUUGGAUUAAAGCAAUCCAGGGUUUGAAGGCUGGUUUGAUUCAGCCUUGCAGAAGAGACGGUGGGGAUUCUGUAUACCGAGGAGAGUUGAAAGGCUUCCAGGUUGAGAUCUCAGAGGAAGAAAUGAGUUUUCUACGUACUUUCUCUAUUGGAAUCACCAGUAUUCCUACGAUUAGAGACGAGAAAAAGGAGCUUGAGCUCAGGCAAGCGUUGCUGGAGUCCUCGCUUCAACUAGCGCGCCAGCUAACAGAUGUCUUUGCCGGUUUAAUCAGGUUCAACAAAGCCUUGAAAGAAAGCUGCAAAGACCUCGAACAUGACAUACAAAUUCAGGAACAUCAAUCUGAUCCCGCAAAUGCUGUACCAUCGAGUCCACGGUUUCCUCAAGAGCGUGGUGAAGGAUCGACCCUUAAGAACGAAGCGCUUGACUUGACCGAGGAAGAAACAUCCAAGCCAUUGUUUGCAGACAGGCAAGACGACCAACCUACUCGUCCCCAUUGGUCACGGUUGUUUCGUGACUUUGGUUAUUCUACAAGUCCAGAGGAUACUCCACAGCCAGAGAUAAAUGUGGACUAUGGCCGUCAAUCAACCCCGGGGCCUGUCGAGAACGAAGGCCAAGAUAUCCCGAUGUCAAAUCCAAUCACGAAUGACAAUCCGAUCAUCUCAAACUCUCCCCCGGAACCUGAGAAUUCCAAUACGGUGUCCUCACACGACAGAAACUCUUCGGGCUCAACAUCACGAAGAUUAACCACUCCUAUGUCAACGAGAGCAAGACAAAUCAAGAGAAACGAGAUGGAGAGAACUCAAGCGGUGCCUUUUGUUCAAAACCUACUGGAACAGGGCUUGAAUUGGGAACAAAUUCGUGAACGCUACAAGGUCAAAUUUGGGAUCUGGCGCACAAGUGGGUCACUGGCAGGUUUUCACAGCCAGCAGAGGCACAAAUAUGAUUAUCUGGUACUCAAGAUUUCUCCAUCACGGUUACGCGAGGUAUUAUCAAAGACAAUCCACUCAUGA